CACAUAAAAAUGGAAAUCUUCAUAGCCAAGUAACUUCAAUGAAACUCAAAAACAAACCAAUAAACAUGGGUUCCCAUAGUAGCAACAACCAUAAUUCAAAACCUCUAACUACCAACCUCUUCUUCAUUUCCCUCCUCCUUAUCACAAACCUCCUAACCCUCUUCCUCUCCUCCACCUUCUACUCCUCCAAUUGCAUUCCAAUUUCCGCAAUCGCCGACGCGGCCGCGAACUCCGGUGAGGACGAAGAAGCCCCCCUCCCACCGGAAUUCCUCGCCGCCACGUCAGCUCAAAAGCUCCCACUCGGCCCCAACCGGAACUUCGACUCCGACACCGUCCACGCCCCCGCCGGUGCCGCCUGCACCCUCUUCCCGGACGACCUCCGCCGCUUCAUGACAUACCCCAUCAACGGCUCCUGCCCAGACGACGAGCUUCUCUCCCAGAAGCUUCUCCUGAAAGGCUGCGACCCACUCCCCCGCCGGCGGUGCCGCCCAGCGGCACCGCCGGACACCCCACCUCCAUCCCCCCUCCCUUCCAGCCUCUGGACCACUCCCUCCGACUCCUCCGUCGUCUGGACCGCCUACACCUGCAAAUCCUACCAAUGCCUCAUCGACCGGAGCCGCACCCAGAAAGGCUUCGACGACUGCAAAGACUGCUUCGACCUCAACGGCCGGGAGAAGCACCGGUGGACAAACCCGAACUCCACCGGCCUCGAUUUCAGCAUCGACGACGUCCUCAAAACCCGACAACCCGGUUCAAUCCGGGUCGGGUUAGACAUCGGCGGCGGCGUCGCCACCUUCGCCGUCAGAAUGCGUGAAAGAAACAUAACAAUUCUAACGACGUCGUUGAACCUUAAUGGACCCUUCAACAAUUUCAUUGCCUCUAGAGGGGUGGUCCCACUUUACCUUAACAUAUUUCAGAGGCUACCAUUUUUUGAUAACACAUUGGAUAUUGUUCAUUCUAUGCAUGUUUUGAGUAAUUGGGUUCCUGAGAAGUUGCUUCAUUUUUUGUUGUUUGAUGUUUAUAGGGUUUUGAGGCCUGGUGGGGUGUUUUGGUUGGACCAUUUCUUUUGUGUUGGGGAUCAGUUGGAGAAGGCUUAUGGGCCUAUGAUUGAGAGUGUUGGGUUUAGGAAGGUGAAGUGGGUUGUUGGGAGGAAGCUUGAUAAGGGACCUGAGAGUCAGGAAAUGUACCUGUCUGCUUUGUUGGAGAAGCCAUACAAGAAUUCUUGGUGAGCAAAUUGUUCCUAAAAUGCUCUUUUUCAUAGUGGAAAAGUUUUUCUUUCUCAAAUCCAAAUACUUCAAUCCAAUUGUAUGGAUGUUGUUGAGUUCCUUACUAGUAAUGGUGAUGUGCACACUUAUUGGUUAUGGACCAAGUUAAUUGUCAGAGUUAGAAGUAUUUUCAAUUGAGAUUUGAUUUUAUACCAUUAAACAUAUUCUUGAAGAGCAUAA